AUGGCGGGCAAUAUUCUUUUGACUGCUUACUCUCUUCUUGCCCUUUCGAGUGCUCUCGCUAGCAGCGCAGGUCAUGGCCGACGAGGGGCAAUGCAGCGGCAAUGCGAAGCCAGUCGUUAUGAGACCAAGCCAAGGAUCUUUGUUUGCACCGACAUGAGCAACGAGCCUGACGAUCAGAUGAGCCUCGUGCGAUUCUUGACGUACGCGAAUGAGUUCGACAUACAAGGAAUUGCCGGUACAACGUCUACUUGGAAGAAUGACUCCAUUGACUUGACGACAAUUCACACCGUUAUCUCUGCCUAUGGCAACGUUUCGGACAAUUUGAACGCCAAUGUUCCCAGCUAUGCACCGUAUCCUCCAGCGUCGGACUUGCACGCCAAGGUUUAUUCUGGUCAUCCUGUGUACGGGCUUGCCGCACUACAGCUGGACCCGAGCAAUGCCUCCUUAGCUCUUGUAAAGGCUGUGGACGAUACCACGAUCGACAAACCACAAUGGGUGACACUGUGGGGAGGAGCAAAUAUCUUGGCUGAAGCUCUCAAUUACGUCUCCAAGACUCGAGAUGAAGAUGCUGUGGCGUCGUUUGUCUCAAAACUACGGGUGUAUUCUAUUUCCGAUCAAGACGACGCUGGAUCUUGGAUUCGCAUCACCUAUCCGAAGCUCUUCUUCAUCGUGACACUUCAUGCCUUCAACGAGUACACAGCAGCUUCUUGGAAUGGCAUUUCGGGAGAAGUCUAUCGGCAUUUUGACGCCGGUGGUCCCGACACGUCCUUGGUGACAAAUGCGUGGCUGCAAGAACACAUUCGCAUAGGUGAACUGGGAGCCCACUAUCCCGAAUUUUACUUCAUCAUGGAAGGCGAUACUCCUUCGUACCUUGGCCUGAUCCAAAACGGGCUCGGCGACCCAGAACAUCCUGAGUGGGGAAGCUGGGGUGGAAGAUUCAAACUAGAGGACGCUUCUGGCCGCUCGAGCGUGUUCACUGACGCGUGUGACUGGGUGCAAGGCCUGAGCGGUCAGUAUUACAUGAGUGCAUUUGCAACCAUCUGGCGCUGGCGCAAAGACUAUCAAUGGGACUUCGCAAACAGAAUGAAGUGGACGACGGCGGCGAAUUACACACAGAAUAACCACCCGCCGACCGCAAUUGUCAACGAUACUUGUGGGCCUGCCGUUCUUCACGUCCCGUGGACGUACAGGAGUGACAACAGCACGGUCAUAUCUCUAGAUGGGUCGGCAAGCUGGGAUCCAGAUGACGACGAAUUGCAGUUCAACUGGUUUUGGCACUGGGAUGCUUCGUUUCGGUUGGAAGGCGAUCUGACCAAGCUUUCUCAGAACGUUGACAUAGAAACAGUCGGUUCUGAUGGAAGCAUGGUGCAUGUGCGACCGUACACGAACAACACCAUACACAUCGUUCUUGCUCUGACCGACGCGCAUAACAUGACAACAUACAGACGCGUCAUCCUUGAGCCGACCUCAUAGGAAUACAGGCUAGGAAGAUGGAAUUGCUGUCAUCGAGGUGAGAGAACAUCGUCCUUGCUGCGGAGAAAAGUGACGGAUCA